UUUUGUAAGAGGAGAUAAAACAAAAAAGAUAACGAAAGCAAGAGCUAUUCUACAAGCAACCGCAGAAUCCGGAUUCUCUGUUCUUUCUCCUCCACGUGCUCGAACCACCCAUGCCGCCGCACCUUCAUAUGCCGUCGAGCCCCCCAGCGUCACCUAGCCGGAUUGUCACCGGACCUCACCGCACAACCAUCGGCCAGCCUUUCCCGGAGCUCCCAUCAGCAAACCACCUCGCCGCACUGCCGUGUCGAUCGCCGAGCCUUUCAACAUUUGUCAAGUGAGAGUAAUGGAGUUUCCAAGCUCAACAUUCCUGAAAUCAAGUUCACCAAGCUCCAUCAAUGGGCAGAUCAUUGAUUCUCUCUGUGAGAGUAAUGGAGUUUCCAAGCUCAUGAUUCCUGAAGUCAAGUUCACCAAACUCUUCAUCAAUGGCCAGUUCGUUGAUUCUGUCUCUGGGAAGACAUUUGGAACAAGAGAUCCUCGAACAGGAGAUGUUGUAGCAGAAGUGGCAGAAGGUGACCAGGAAGAUGUUGACAUCGCUGUUAAAGCUGCAAGAGAGGCCUUCGACCAUGGCAAAUGGCCUCGCAUGUCUGGCUUUGAUAGGGGAAGAGUAAUAUUGAAGUUUGCGGACUUGAUCGAACAACAUGGAGAAGAGAUUGCCAUGCUGGACUCCAUCGAUUCUGGAAAGCUAGUGCAUCUGACCAAAGACUUUGACAUUCAAUUUGCUACCAAUUGUUUCAGAUAUUAUGCUGGUGCUGCUGAUAAAAUUCAUGGUGAGACUCUCAAAUGCAUGGGUGAGUUCCAGGCUUACACUCUUAAGGAACCAGUUGGUGUGGUUGGGCACAUCAUCCCUUGGAAUUUCCCAACUGUGCUUUUUGCCGCUAAGGCUGCUCCGACGCUUGCCACCGGAUGCACCAUGAUCUUCAAGCCGGCGGAACAAUCACCGUUAUCAGCUUUGUAUCUUGCUCACUUGGCUAAGGAGGCUGGUAUUCCUGAUGGAGUUAUCAAUGUUAUCACUGGCUAUGGUCCGACUGCAGGGGCUGCUAUUUCUUCUCACAUGGAUGUUGAUGCUGUAAGUUUCACAGGAUCAACAGAGGUAGGGAAAUUAGUUAUGGGAGCAGCAGCAGCAAGCAAUUUAAAGACUGUUUCAUUAGAAUUAGGAGGAAAAUGUCCCUUAGUUAUAUUCAAUGAUGUUGAUAUCAACAUGGCUGUUCAGACUGCCUGGCAGGCUGUUUUCUUCAAUAAGGGGGAAGUGUGCAUUGCAGGAUCCAGGAUUUAUGUGCAGGAAGGGAUAUAUGAUGAAUUUUUGAAGAAGGUAACUGACAAUGUAAAAGAUUGGGUGGUUGGAGACCCUUUUGAUCCUCAGGUUCAUCAAGGGCCUCAGGUUGAUAAGGAGCAAUUUGAUAAGGUUCUUAGAUACAUAGAGUCAGGCAAGAGAGAAGGAGCCACACUUUUGACAGGAGGAAAGGCCAUAGGUGAGAAAGGGUACUACAUUGAGCCCACAAUCUUUACUGAUGUCAAGGAGGAUAUGUUGAUAGCUCAAGAUGAAAUAUUUGGUCCAGUUAUGUCCAUCAUGAAGUUCAAGACAAUAGAGGAGGCAAUUGAGAAGGCCAACAACACGAAGUAUGGAUUGGCAGCAGGAAUACUGACAAAUGACCUGAAUACUGCUAAUCGUGUUUCCAGGUCGAUUCGUGCCGGCGGGAUUUGGGUCAACUGUUACAUGAUUACUGAAAGCAGUAUUCCUUUUGGUGGGUACAAAAUGAGUGGUUUUGGAAUGGACAGUGGGCUUCAAGCUUUGGAAAAGUACCUCAAAGUCAAGUCUGUGAUUACUCCUAUUUAUAACUCCCCUUGGCUUUAACUUCAUAUUGUUGUAAAUGUCCAAUGUUCUACUUUGGCUUAUAUGAUAAAAUAAUAAAUGCUUUUAUUUGGGUUUUUUUUU